CAUUUCCCUCCCCUUUUGAUUCUCUCUCAGCUUCUGGAAGAAGAGCAAAGCUGUAUUUUGUGUAGAAAACGAGAGCUUGGUUUUUCCAACUGCCUCUUGUCUCCCUGGUUGUCCAGGCUCUUACUAAGAUAGCUGCUAUGCACCCAUCCCAGCUGUGAGGGCAGGCCUGCAGAGCUGCAGCACCCAAUUCCCAUCCCAGCACGAUGCCGGUGCACUACGUGACGUACAAAGGCAUUAAAUUCCCUCCAGCCUACAACUCCGUGCACAGCUUGAGUUUUGCCCACAACGAGUUCCUGGUGCGGGACGAUGACGUCUUCAACAUCACCUACCCUAAAUCUGGCACCGUGUGGAUGACUGAGAUCCUGAGCCUCAUUCGCAGCCAAGGCCACCCCAGCUGGAACCAAACUGUCCUCAAUUCUGACCGCAUGCCUUGGUUCUCAACCCGCCUGGGUCUGGAGGCAGCCCUCAGCUACCCUUCACCUCGCCUGCUGACCUGCCACCUCCCCAGGCACAUCUUUCCCAAGUCUUUCUCCCAUUCCACUGCCAAGGUUAUCUACACCCUACGGGAUCCUCGAGACGUUGUUGUCUCCUACUUCUACUUCUGCCAGAUGUGCAACAGCUAUGAGGACCCUGUGUCCUUUGAGCAGUUCUUAAGGGACUUUCUCAGUGGAGAGUUGCCCCAUGGCUCCUGGUUUGAACAUGUCCGAGGCUGGAUGGAGAUGAAGGACAGGGAGAAUUUCUUCUUCAUCACCUACGAAGAGCUGAAACAGGACCUGCAAGGCAGUGUGAGACGCCUCUGCCAUUUUCUGGGACAGAAUUUGGAUGACGAUGCUAUCUCCUCAGUAGUCCAAAACGCCUCCUUCACAGCCAUGAGGCAAAACCCUAUGUGCAGCUCCAUCUUGCUCCCUGCAGACAUCAUGGACCAGACCAAAGGCCAGUUCCUGAGGAAGGGCAUCUGUGGGGACUGGAAGAACCAUUUCACAGUGGCACAGAGUGAGACCUUCAACAGAAUCUACCAGGAGAAGAUGAGGGGUUUGGACGUGGCUUUUCCUUGGGACAGAGACCAGGAUCCAGAUUUAACUGAGACCAUCUGAGUAAUGAGUAUCUGCCAUCUAUUGGCAACAGGGGUAAUGGGUUGCUGUUGGACACAGGGAGUUGGAUCCAGGAGUACAAAUGGCUGCAACAUGUUGGGGUACAGUUUGCUGCCAAGCCAACUGUGUGCUUUAUCAUGGGUAUUUAACAGCUCAGCCUUGUCAGUGAAUGGGAAAAAUGUGCUGCAGAACAGGAACUACCUAGAGAUCAUAGCCAAGUGCAUCACAGAUAGUCAGACUUGUAAAGACUUUUUAAUGUCAAACACUAAAGAAGGACUUAGGGAUAUCAAAGAAGGGGAAGACCUUUUGUGCAUUUUGGCUCAGACACGGUUCUGUGAUGUGUGUAUCUCCAAGCCCUCACAGAGCAUACAGGGAAAUCCAGCUCUUUGUAAGUGCCAAAAUACAGCUUGUAAAAUACCCACAGCUUUACUUCCUGGACGUGCAGCCAGAGUUGCUUGGGCAUGACUCCAGCCUUUUGCAGACACCACUUGAUCUAUGCAGCCAUAGAAACUUAUCCUAUGGACAGUGAGCAGUGCCUUCCAUUUUGGUAGGACUGGCAUGUCCAUGAUGUGCAGUGUCAUAGCUAGAUGACCUGACUUAAGGAAAGACUACUAAUGCUGUUGUAGACUAACUUGCCUUUAUGGUGCACCCAUUCAGGCCAAUCACGUUCUGCUUAAUGAUCAUCCAUGUGGGGGCUUAGAAAUAAAGGACAUGUGGCACAGCAUUAGACAGUGCCUACAAAAUCAUGGUCAAAAUUGUUUUGUCUUACAUAAAGUACAGUUCAAUUACCUAGUUCAUGUGCUGAUUGCCUCAUUUAUAUGUUUGCAUUCGAGCUAUGUGUGAUGCAUUCUAUACUAAGCAUGAUAUUACUCUCCCACCAGCCUGCUAAUACUGUGGGUUUGGGCCACUGCCUUAGCUGGACUUUGUAGAAGCUGGUUAUCAAGCAGCUUGUGGGGCAACAGGCCAUGUUCGUAUCCCAAUAAAGAUGACUUAAGCGCUGUGUGGUGUCUCCAACAUCAUUCAGUGCAUAUGGCACCCACUUGGACUUUGGAGAUAUUAAAACAUUAGAUAAAGGCUAGGUACGAUGAGCUAUGGUGCAUACAAAGGUCUUCAGUACAAGACCCCAGAAAUGCUUUGCUGGCUUCAAGAAACAAAAUUUUCAGCCUCAAACCCCUUUACCAGCAGGAGAAGAGUCUAACGAAAAUGCAGCAAAUACAGGUGUUCACCUCAUGAUUGCUCUUUCUCCUCUUAACUCACUUCUAAAUGCAGAGCCCUCAUGAACACAUAAAAACUAAAAUCUGUGCUCAUGGGAAGUGUCAGGUGCUUUUAAGGUCUGCAGAGGGAGAAUGCAAGCAGAGCAUGACUCACUUGUGUCGGGUUAUAUCUCCUCAUAUACAUGGAGACCAUUGUUGGGAUAUUCCAGUUCUCCCCCAGUUCUGAUGGAGAAAGGAAUAAUGUCUCAUUUUUUAAAAUUGCAAUGCUAAUGAUACUAAAUCUGGAUCCUCAGAACACAGUGAUGAUGUUAUUAGGAGACAACACGGACGCUAAUUAUCUUUGCAGUAACUGAUCACCUGGUUAAAGAAACAGGAGGUCUUUGCUGUCCCACGUUGAUAACAAACUGAUAAUGAUGAUGCUAAAGCAGCCAAAGUCACAGCGUUCCUUGGUGUGAAUGCACUGGACAAAUCAAAUGUGUGGCUGCAGUAAAAUCAAGACACUUAGCUUUUUUUCAUGCUUUCCUGAGGAGAUGCAUCAGAGCCGGGGUCUGACCCACCUGCUUCAGCACAGGGUCCUCUGUGGGAUGCAUCAUGGAGAUCAUGAGAGACAGUGGUCACACCUGUAAUUUCCCAUUGCCACUUGAACCCAAAUAUUAGGUCAGGCAUAGAACAAAAUAGAAUAGUUCAGUAGGAAGGGACCUAAAAAGAUGAUUGGGCCCAACAGCCCAAUCUCUUCACAAUUAACUAACCACUGAAACAUACUGUUAUGGGCAUUAUCCAAAUGCUUCUCAUCAUAGUUUUGGCUGGGAAAUUUGUAUAUCCAUUUUAUGUACUAUUUCUCCAUCGAUCCUUGUACAGAGCUCUGUUCUGCAUUUUUGAUGAAAAUAGUGCUGAUUCCUUACUGGUGUUUAAGCUGCUGCUGAGCUUAUGUUUUCAUCCACCAAACUGGCAUUCUUAUCAUACAAGGAGAUCAAGUUAAUAAAAUAGGACUUCACAUGAA